AUGUCACAUCAUUUUAUGUUUUUAUCAUCAUUUUGUUCAAUUUCGCCUCGAUUAUUAUUGCUAGUCGUUGUGUUAAUAUUUUGGAGCACAAAAGUUUGUGAGGCUAAACCGAUAAAUCGACUAAUCGAUAUUGCAGAAAAAGAGAAAAUUGAUCGAUUGAUCGAAAAUGAAAAGUGAGUUUGGAUUAGAUUAGAAAUUUGGGGUUUGGUUUUUGAAAAUUAGAAAAAUACAGUGUAGCUUGAUGUGUGGGUACUGUAGAUUUCUAUUAUUGGUUUAUUUUUUCAUGAGAAAAGUAUACUUGGGACCCCCCUUGAACUGACAUAAAAUUAAACAAAUAUAAAUAUAGAAAUUAAAUUCGAAAGUUCAAAUCGUACUGUAAUCAAAAGUGUUUGCACACACCAAUUCGCUGAACUUGGGGGCAAUUUGAAAUUUUGAAACACAAGUUUUUCUCGUGUUAAUUUCAUAUUGAACUAUUUUUGAGCCUACGCUCCGAGGAAAAUCUGAAAAAUCGAAAAUUAUAUUUCCAGAACUCGAAUUUUCAGAGCACAAUUUUUGAAUAGUAUAAAUCUCUGUAACCUUCCAGAUUUUCUUAAAAUAAGAUAUCUAGAACAUCUAAACAACCCGGGAGCUUUGAAUACGUGACAUUUCCCAAUUUCUACUUUAAAAAUCAAGCUCCACUCAAAACAAAACACAAAAAGCGGGUCAACGUCCACGAAAAUAAUCGGCUUUUCCAACACCAACAAAAAUUCCCUUCCAUGGACAAAGUAUAUUUUGUUGUUAGUGAUUAUUUAAGAAUGUUCAAAGGGUAACACUGUAAUCGGAUUAAACAAACCUUAUUUAUUUAUACAUAGAUACAUUCUUGCUUGGUAAAUUAAUGUUUCGUUGACAAAAGACAAUUUUAAGUAUGUUCCAAUUUUUUUUCAGAAAACGCAUCGCACUUCUUGAAGCGAAAGAAGAAUUAUUAAUGGAUGUUGUUGAAACAUUAGAUGCUGAAAUUAAACAAGAAACUGUAAGACUAGAAGAGAUGAAAUGUAAGUUCAAAUUUUUUCUCAAAUCCUGAAGCCCUUCAAUUUCAUUAUUUCAGCCAUCGGAGGUCGUCGUGAAAUGGUCGAAAAUAUUCUAGAAGACUAUAGAAAAGUAUUCGUAUCACAACAAUACAGACCUGGAUAA